AUGUCCGCUAUCGAAAAACAAAUUGAUUCUCAAACAAAUUCUCUUACAUCCAGCGAUAAUGUUGAAUCUCCCACAUCAUUACUCACUGAGGAACAUAAGCAAUACCUCAUCUCGAAACAUGGUACUUUUGAAUUGGAACCUAUUCCUUCCAUGAAUGAUGAUGACCCAUUGAAUUGGUCUAACGCAAUGAAGUAUUUACAAUUGGGCAUGGUUGCAUUCCAUGGGUUCAUGUCCACAUUCUGUGCCUCUGGUUUAGUGCCCUUGAUUGGAGUGCUUUCCGCUCAAUUUCAAAUCACUACUGCAAAGGCAAGUUACUUGGUUGGUUUGCAAAUCCUCUUUAUCGGUGCAUUCCCAUUAUUCUGGGUUCCAUUUAUGCAGAAAUUCGGUAAACGGCAAUUGUUAAUCUUGUCGGUUCUUGGAUCGGCAAUGUUUAAUCUUGGUGGCGCAUAUAGCACCUCUUUUGGAAUGAUGAUGGCUAUGAGAUCAUUGCAAGCCGUAUUUAUUUCACCAGGUUUGGCGGUCGGCGGUGCAGUUGUUAACGAAUUGACAUUUAGUCACCAGCGUGGUGUAAUGAGCGGUGUAUGGGCCAUGUCUGUCAACUUGGGUACAAUGGCUGGUGCGUUAUUCAUGGGGUUUGUUGCCCAACGUGAAUCAGUUCAAAUUGUUUACUAUAUUUUUACUGCGAUUAAUGCCGCACAGGUUGUUGGUUACUUGUUAUUUGGUAAAGAGACAUUAUUCAACUAUGAUGACCUCACCAAGAAUGAAACCAACAGAUUUAAGCAACUCGUAAAGUUUCGGUCCAUCAUUCCAGAAUUUAGACUUGACUUCAAAACCAUUUUGAAACCAUUCAUCUAUUUCACCAAUUAUAGAAUAUUCAUCGCUACUGUAGCAUACGCCAUAGUAUUCACCCACGACAAUAUUGCCACUAAUGUUGAAAUCCCCGAAGUCAUGUAUGUUAAAUUUGGUAUGGGUCCUCAGGCAUUGGGUUUACAAUUUCUUGGAUUGUUAAUUGGUACACUUAUCGGCGAGGUUGGUGGAUACUUAUCUGAUAAAUUUCAAGCAUGGGGAUCGAAGAAUAAAAGGGGCAACUCAUUACGCCUCUGGGUAACAUACCCGGGAUUCGCAACUUCUGUGAUUGGUAUCAUUGUAUUUGGUGUACAAAUUGACAAGAUCACCACGUAUAACAUCACUCCCUUGAUUGGGUUGGCCAUUUGUGCAUUUGGUUUACAAGUGAUGACAUCACCAUUGAUUGCUUAUUGUAUCACAGUUGAUCCACCAAUGGCCAGUGACAUUAUAUUGUUUGUCUCGUUUUGUAGACAAACGUUGGCAUUUUUGGGUACUUUAUGGUUUCCACCCAUGUUUAUCGCUUUGGGCUUUACAUGGGCAUACUCGGUUAUGGCGAUAUUGAUGGUUGCGUUGGCAUUCCUUCCAAUUGCAAUUUUGCAUUAUGCUGAAGCCAGAAAAGGGAGAUAA